AUGCCUGCAGAUGCCAAGGGCUCCCACCCAGCUGCCGUCUCCCAGCAGGAGCAGCACGUGUUGGUGCUGGCAGGCGCAGCUGGCGGCGUGCCCCAGCGCCCUGACACCAGCCCUCCUGCCAGCCUUCUCGAGGAGCAGCAGCCGCCAUCCCAGCGUGGCAUUGGCGACCCACCGCAGCAGCUGGUGCCGGGUGUGUACGACCCGGAAGUGGCGCAGCAGCAGGCCUUUGACGCGCUCGUCAUCGGGCCCCUGCGGACUGCCCUCAUGGUGGGAGGCGGCGGUGGGGUGGCAGCGCGAGGAAUGGCAGGCGCAGGCGUCGUGGAUGACGGCGUGCCCGCCGCCAGCCUCCCAGAGGAGAGCGGCAGGCAGGAGGAGGAAGUCGGUGCCACUCAUGGAGGGUCAGGGCAGGAGGCGCCGGGCAGCAGCUCCGUGGACGCUGUGGCAGGGAGGCAUUGCCUGGAGAGUAUCGUGAGGGCACCACAGCAGCAGCAGCAGCAGCAGCAGCAGCAGCAGCAGCAGCAGCAGCAGCAGCAGCAGCUGGUCAUCGCACCAUGUGGCGCCAGUCCCCGGCUGCCCCUGCAGUCCGCCCUGCCCUGGCGCAGCAGCCGGGACCCGCGGCUGCAGGCUCGCAGCGGCGCGUCGCCACGUGGCGUGCCCACUGGCGAGGGGAGGCAGGCGGCACCAGCAGGACAAAGCAGAGUGGACAGCACUCGAGUGAGCAGCAGGCAGCCUGGUCCCCCUGGCGGCACAUACUGGCGGCAGCACCCCACUAGCAAGGAGCAGCUGUGUGGCCAGUGCUACGGCCGCGCAUCCCGGUAUGGUGGCGAGCUGCCAGCGCUGUCAGAUGCGGAGGCGGAGCAGGAGGAGAGUGAGGAGGAGCAGCCGCAGCAGCAGCCCCUGCAGCGCCAGUGCCUGCAGUGCGGCAGCACCAGCAAAGGCACCAAGUCGGCACAGUGGCACCGCCACCCCGCCACCGGGGAGGAGUGGCUGUGCCAGCCCUGCUACCAGAAGGUGGACUCAGCACUCAAGCGGCAGCAUCGGCAGGCGGAGACGCAGGCUCAGCAGGAGGAGAAGAGCGAGGUGGAGCUAGAGGGGGAGGAGCAGCCACAGCAGCAGCCCCUGCAGCGGCAGUGCUUGCAGUGUGGCAGCACCGCCAAAGGCAGCGCCAAGUGGGCAAGGUGGCGCCGCCACCCCACCACCGGGGAGGGGUGGCUGUGCCAGCCCUGUUUCAACGAUGUGCAGGCAGCCUUCCGGCGGCAGAAGUGGCAGGCGGAGAUGCACCCAUGGCAGGAGGUGGAGAGCGAGGUGGAGCCAAAGGAGGAGGAGCAUCCGCAGCAGCAGCCCCUGCAGCGGCAGUGCUUCCAGUGUGGCAGCACCACCAAAGGUAGCGCCAAGUGGGCAACGUGGCGCCGCCACCCCAUCACUGGGGAGGAGUGGCUGUGCCAGCCCUGUUUCAACGAUGUGCAGGCACCCUUGAGGCGGCAGCGGCGGCAGGCGGAGAAGCAGCGUCGGCAGGAGGUGGAGCGCGAGCCUGGGCGGCCCUGCACAUCGUACACCUGGCGGCGGCACCCCACCACCCGCAAGCAGCUGUGCGGGCCCUGCGGCGGCUAUGUUGACAAGCAUGGCGGCGAGCUGCCAGCGCUGUCCGACACAGCAUUGCAGCGGAUGGCCAGGGGGGCUGAGGAGCGGGCAGCAGCUGAGGCCCAGCAGUCACAGAACAAGCAGCUGGGCAAGCGAAAGAAGCAACGCCAGCAGGCCCCCGCAGUGGAUGAGGAGCCGCCUGUGUCACCUGCUAGGCGACCCAAGCAGCGCCGCGUCGGUAACAACCAGGGCUUCCUGCCAGGCCUGCCGCUGCAACCAGCCCAGCCAUCAAACCUGCCAGUGCCGUCGCAGCCUCAACCGCAGCAGGUGCAGGCGCAGCCGCAUCAGGUGGAGCCACAGCAGACUCCUGAGGGCCUCUUUGCCCACCUGCUCAGAGCUGCCAGGCAGCCGGCUGUUGCCGCUGCGGGCCUCACACCCAAGCUGCUGGCAAGCUUCUGGGCGGUGGUGGACACGACGCGGUCCUCACAGCCGUCUGAUCGCAAGUUGCCACUGCAGAGGGCAAGGCAGCUGAAUGAAGGAAGACAGGCGUCACCAGCGGCGCUGGCUCAUGGACGUAGUGACUUUAAUUCUCAUGCUUCAUGUUUGCCGAAAUCUUCAUGCUUCCUGUUGCUUGGCGACAACUCUACCAACACGCGGCAGCUCCGAGGAGAGACAGACACAGGCGGAGACAAAGAGGCAGCGGCUGGACAGUAUAGUUGCAGAACCACAGCAGCAGCCGCAGCAGCAGUUGGCGAGGUUGGGAUUGACACUAGGGCAGAGCCGAGCCUGCAGCAGCCAGCCGUACAGCAGCAGCAGGGGCAGCGGCAUGGAGAGCGAGCAGCACCGGCCGCAAAGCAGUGCACCCUCUUUGCCGACACGCGCGGCGGCGAGCUGCCACCGCAGAGACAUGUGGAGAAGCAGCCUCGGCAGGAGAAGGAGGACCAGGACCAGCAGGGGGAGGAGGAGGAGCACCACCCACAGCAGCCCCCGCGGCGCCAGUGCCUGCAGUGUGCCAGCACCACCAAAGGCAGCGCCAAGUGGGCAAAGUGGCACCGCCACCCCGCCACCGGGCAGGAGUGGCUGUGCGAAGCCUGCUUUAGCAAGGCGCGCACAGCUGUCAUGCGACAGCAGCGGCAGGCGGAGCAGCCGCCUCAGCCUGAGCAGGAGGAGCAGGAGCAGCAGGGUGAGGAGGAGGAGGUGGAGGAGGAGCAGCUGCAGUGCAGCCACUGCGGCGCUGACCGGCCUGGUCCCACGCCCACCUACCCCUGGCGCAAGCACGCGACCACUGGCGCUCGGCUGUGCAAGGAGUUCUGGUUGUACCAGCGCAAGAACUACGGCUUCCUGCCGGAGCUGCCACUGCGGCCAGCUCAGGCCCUACAGCCGCCCGGGCCCCAGGCAGAGCCGCCGCAGCAGCAGACCGAGCCUGUCCCACAGGCGCAGCACCCUCAGGACCUGUGCACGCGCCUUCUCGCGGCAGCAAGGCAGCCGGCUGGCGCCGUUUCGGGGCUCACGCCUGAGCUGCUGGGUAGCUUCUGGGCGGUAGUGGGCGAGCUGACACCCUCGCAGCAGGCCCGCAAGGAGGGCAACCUCCACCUGCUGCUGGAGCGGGGCGAGUAUGCGGCGCUGGUCCGCAUGAUGGAGACGACGGGGCCGGCGGAGAUGGUGCCCCUGCUGGAGCAGGGAGGCGAGGGCCCAGGGGCGGCUGCAGGAGAUCCACCUGUCUCUGUGCCAGACGACAUGGAACAGUUGGCGGCUGCGGCGGCUGCGCUUCAGGGCACUGUGGAGGCCAGCGAGGCGGCAGACCGCUUCCCGCAGCUAGGUAGGCUUGAAGGCACGGCACGGACAAGCAGAUACACCUACGGAGUGGUGCUGGCAGGCAGUGCUGUGCACAAGCAGCUGGGUGAGCUGGCCAGUCUGUCCAUGCCUGCAGAUGCCAAGGGCUCCCACCCAGCUGCCGUCUCCCAGCAGGAGCAGCACGUGUUGGUGCUGGCAGGCGCAGCUGGCGGCGUGCCCCAGCGCCCUGACACCAGCCCUCCUGCCAGCCUUCUCGAGGAGCAACAGCAGCCAUCCCAGCGUGGCAUUGGCGACCCACCGCAGCAGCUGUUGCCGGGUGUGUACGACCCGGAAGUGGUGCAGCAGCAGGCCUUUGACGCGCUCGUCAUGGGACCCCUGCGGACUGCCCUCAUGGUGGGAGGCGGCGGUGGGGUGGCAGCGCAAGGAAUGGCAGGCGCAGGCAUCGUGGAUGACGGCGUGCCCGCCGCCAGCCUCCCAGAGGAGAGCAGCAGGCAGGAGGAGGAAGUCGGUGCCACUCAUGGAGGGUCAGGGCAGGAGGCGCCGGGGGAGGCGGGCGGCAACAGCAGGACAGAGCAGAGUGAACAGCACUUGAUUGAGCAGCAGCCAGCUGUGCAGCGGAGACCGGAGCCUGUGCAGCAGAGACCGGAGCAACAGGAGCAGAAGGGAGAGCGAACAACUGUCGCUGUCAAGCAGUGCACCCACUGCAGCUCCCUGCAGCCUGGCCCUGCUGGCAGUCGGUAUGGCUGGCAGCGGCAUCCUACCACCCGCGAGCAGCUGUGUGGGCCCUGCGGCCUUUAUGCUGACAGGCAUGGUGGCAAGCUGCCAGAGCUGUCGGAUGUAGAGGCGGAGCAGGAGGAGAGUGAGGAGGAGCAGCAACCACAGCUCCAGGCGCAGCGUCAGUGCCUGUGGUGCGGCAGCACCAGCAAAGGCAGCACCAAGUCGGCAGCCUGGCACCGCCACCCCGCCACCGGGGAGGAGUGGCUGUGCCAUCCCUGCUUCAACAAAGCGCGGGCAGCCUUCCAGCGGCAGCAGCGGCAGGCGGAGAAGCACCCACGGCAGGAGGUGGAGAGCGAAGUUGAGCCAGAGGAAGAGGAGGAUCCGCAGCAGCAGCCCCCGCAGCGGCAGUGCCUGCAGUGCGGCAGCACCAGCAAAGGCGGCGUGUCUGGCUUUUGGCACCGCCAUCCCGCCACCGGGGAGGAGUGGCUGUGCCAUCCUUGCUACGGAAAGGUGCACAAAGCCAUAAAGCGCCAGAAGCGGCAGGCGGAGAUGCAGCCUCGGCAGGGGGAGAAGAGCGAGGUGCAGCGAGAGGAGGAGGAGGAGAGCAAGGAGGAGGAGGAUGCAGCAAUCGCAGCCGCUGUGAAGCAGUGCACCCACUGCGGCUCGAUGCAGCCUGGGCCCGCCGGCACCAAGUACCAGUGGCGGCGGCAUUCCACCACCCGCAAGCAGCUGUGCGGGCCCUGCGGCAACUAUGCCGAAAAGCACGGCGGCGAGCUGCCAGCGCUGUCAGAUGCAGUGCACCCAGGCGGCUCGAUGCAGCCUGGGCCCGCCGGCACCAAGUACCAGUGGCGGCGGCAUUCCACCACCCGCAAGCAGCUGUGCGGGCCCUGCGGCAACUAUGCCGAAAAGCACGGCGGCAAGCUGCCAGCGCUGUCAGAUGUGGAGGGGGAGCAGGAGGAGAGCGAGGAUGAAGAGGAGCCAGCUACAGCACCUGAACAGGCGGCUGCCCCACCCACUGCCAGGCAGUGCACCCACUGCGGCUCGAUGCAGCCUGGGCCCGCCGGCACCAAGUACCAGUGGCGGCGGCAUUCCACCACCCGCAAGCAGCUGUGCGGGCCCUGCGGCAACUAUGCCGACAAGCACGGCGGUGAGCUGCCAGCGCUGUCUGACACAGCACUGCAGCGGAUGGCCAGGGGCCCUGAUGAGCGGGCAGCAGCUGAGGCCCAUCAGCCGCAGAACAAGCAGCAGGGCAAACGGAAGCAGCAAUGCCAGCAGGCGCCCGCAGUGGAUGAGGAGCCGCCUAUGUCACCUGCUAGGCGACACAAGCAGCGCCGCGUCGCUGGCAGCCAGGGCUUCCUGCCAGGCCUGCGGCUGCAACCAGCACAGCCGUUGCACCUGCCAGUGCCGUCGCAGCCUCAACCGCAGCAGGUGCAGGCGCAGCCGCAGGAGGUGGAGCCACAGCAGGCGCCUCAGGACCUCUUUGCCCGCCUGCUCGGAGCUGCCAGGCAGCCGGCUGUUGCCGCUGCGGGCCUCACACCAAAGCUGCUGGCAAGCUUCUGGGCGGUGGUGGACACCACGCAGUCCUCACAGCCGUCUGAUCGCAAGAGGUAUGAACUUCAGCUGCUGCUAGAGAGUGGCGAGUAUGCUGCAGUCGCCGCCAUGAUGGAAUCGACCCUGCGGCUGGCUCCGGCGGGGCAGGGCAGCUCAGGUCGAGUGAACCCGUGGGGGCGAGCCUUGGAAAGACCAACGAGCGCUCAGCGUCACCUCUCAUCGCCAGGGGCCGCAGAGAUGGUGGCCCUGCUGGAGCAGGGAGGCGAGGGCCCAGGGGCGGCUGCAGGAGAUCCGGCUGCGGUAGCCGCUGAGAUGGUGGCAGCUGUGGCAGCAGACGUGCCAGGACACAUCGAGGAGGUGGCGGCGGCUGCGGUGGCUGCCCCGGAAAGCGUUGUGGAGGCCCGCAAGGCGGCAGACAGCUGCCAGCAGCACCCAGGAGUCGAGGCCUCCCACCAAGCUGGCAUCUCCCAGCAGGAGCAGCGCGGGCAGGUGGCGGCAGGCGCAGCUGGCACGGCACACCAGGGACCAGACAGCACGCCUCUGCAUCAUCCCCUGCAUGAGCUGCUGGCCAGCCUUCUCCAGGAGCAGCAGCCUCCAGCCCAUCGCAGCACCAGCGACCCACUCCUGCAGUACGAGGUGUGGCCUGGCGUCUUCCUGGGCGGGCAGGAUGAGGAAGCCGCCGCUGCUGCCGCUCCUGAAGCACCCUCAGGGCAGGAGGCGCCGGGGACUGGCGAAGACGGCAGCUGGGGCGAGCAGCCUUCAGGGCAGCAGGAGCGGGGGCCACCCGUGGCAGCAGCCGGCCACGCGGGUGGGCAGCACGGGGGGCAGCCAGCAGCUGCACUCGGGGCUGCAAGGCAGUGCACCCACUGCGGCUCGCUGCGGCCUGGGCCCACCGGCACCAAGUACUACUGGCGGCGGCACCCCAUCAGCAAGGAGCAGCUGUGCGGGCCCUGCCGCCGCUAUGCCGACAAGCACGGCGGCAGGCUGCCGGAGCUGCCCUCGGCAAAGCACCAGGAGGAGAUAGAGGGGGUGGAGGAGCCAGCUAUUGCUGCCGCUGUGAAGCAGUGCACCCACUGCGGCUCGCUGCGGCCCGGGCCCGCCGGCACCAAGUACGUUUGGCGGUGGCACCCGGCCAGCCGCGCUCAGCUGUGUGGGCGAUGUGGUGCCUAUGCCGACACGCACGGCGGUGGGCUGCCAGGGCUGUCAGCAUUGCCAGAGAAGGAUGAGGAGCAUGCAGAGGAGGAGGAGCUGCAGCCUGCUGAACAGCCACAGGCCCGGCGUCAGUGCAUGCAGUGCAGCAGCAGCAGCCCUGGGCCCAGCCCCGGCACCAGCUGGCACCUCCACCCAACCUUAACCUGCUGGCUUUGCCAGCCCUGCUUCCACCGCAUCCAGCGGCAGCUGGCAGAGGAGGAGGUGGAGGCGGGCACACUGCUGCCAGCGACGGGCCCAGCGGCAGGCACGCGCAGGCGACGCCGUCAGGAAGCCGGCGCAGCGGCUGCGGCGCCAGCGCCAGCGGCAGCCACGCCAUCGCUGCGCCAAGUCAAGCCGCGGCAGGCUGUGACAGGAGGGGCUGCCGCCAAGGUUCCCGCUCAGCUCACCAGCGGCCGCCAGCGGGGGCGGCCCGCAAAGAGCAAACAGCCGCCGGGCGAUACAGCCCUGGAGCCCCCGAGCAAGCGCCUCACCCAGCAGCAGGCUCACGCACCAGCUGCCUGCAAUGUCGGACUGGGAAAUGUUGCUGCGGCGUGGGCGCAUGGCGGCAGCGCCGGUGGAGGCUGCAGCACGGCUGCUGCCAGCCCACCAGGGCACUCCACGGCUGCAGCCGCCACUGGUGCCAUCGUGGCCCAGCAGUCCGGGCCCAGGCAGGCAGCCCAGCAGGCCCAGCAGGCCCAGCAGGCGCAGCAGGGCCACCUGCACCUGCUGGACCUGCUUAUGGAGGCCUCCCAGCAGCCGGCAGCCGCUGCCUCGGGCCUGGGCGGCAAGCUGGAGGCCGCACUGCUGCUGAUGCUGGCCCAACGCAACUUCCGCGCAGCAGCUGGGAUGAUGACGACGGCGCUGCGCCUGGCUGACCGAGCUCACGCGCUGCACCAGGCCUUCGCUGCUGUCGAUGCGGGCGCUCGGUUCAAGCAGGGCAUCGGCUUUGCAGGGCGCGGCGUCCCGGCCCGCCUGCCAGGCGGCUACAAUGAGGAGCAGGACGACGAUGUGAUUGCCCGCAACCGCCGCAUCCGGGCCGCCCUGUACCCAGGCAGCUUCCAAGAGCAGGCUGAGCGGGAGGAGCAGGAGGAGGGGUAUGACAGCGAUACGGCGGAGGCGGUGCAGCGCCGCCUGGCACAGCUGAAGAAGGAGCAGCGGCCCAGGGCGGCGGAGAGGCUGCCCGACCGCCUGUAUGAUGAGCGGAGGGAGCAGCAGCAGCUGAGGCAGCUGAAGGAGCAGCAGCGCGAGCGGCGGCGCAGCAGGAGCAGGAGCCGGGAGCAGGAGCAGAGGCGGCCAGGCAGCGCGAGCAGGGAACCGCAGCGCCGCCGCAGCCGUAGCAGAGAACCGCAGCGCCGCCGCAGCCGUAGCAGGAGCCGGGACCGGCGGGGAGACCACCGGCGGCGGCGCAGCCGCAGCAGGGACGAGAGGGGCGACCGCUACCGUGGCUACGACAGCCGCCGGCGCAGCCGCGACCGGCGGCGGCACGUUGGCGGGAGGCGCAGCCGCAGCAGAGGGCGGCGGGAGCGCAGCAGGAGCCAGGACCGGCGGCAGGGCGGGGAUGAGCGGCAGCGGGGCGGCGGCGGCGGCGCAGCCCCAGUGCUUCAGCAGUACGAUUUCGAAGCGCUGAUCCCCGGCUACCAGGGCAUGAGCGUCGUGCAGGUUAGCAGAGCUGUGGCACUGGGCCGCAACCUGCUGCAUGCUGUAAGCCGUGCGGCCACAGGGCGCCCAUGCCCCAUCCCGACGCACCUGCUUCACUUCUUCGGCCUUGUGUCGCAGAAAAUGCGGGCCAAGACGCAAUACCUGCUUGAGCGCAGCGCUGCCCAGGACGAGCGACGAGAGCGCAGCCGGCAGGAGGACAACGGCAGCGGUGGCGGCAGCCAACCGCAGUGGACACGCUUCCGUUUUGACGCCGGCGCUGAGCUGGAAGAGGACCGGGCAGCACCGCCGGCAGUUGGCCCUGGCAUGCCAGGGCUUGGGGAGGGCAGCGAGGAUGGCAAGGAGGAUGAGGACGAUGCUAGCCUGCUGGACGGCUUGAACGCAGUCACCUUCCAGGGGAGCCAUGCCGCUGCCGUGCAGCAGGAGCGGGAUGAGUCGCACGCGGCAGCCAUCUUUGGCGGCGGCCACGCAGCAGCACCAGCAGGCCGGAAGUUCAGGGCUAGCUCAGCGGGCAGCAAGCUGCCGUCGGGUGGCCGGGGACAGGCUGGCGGUGUCGCCUCGGCGGCGGCGGCACCCCGCGCAGCAUCAGCGUCGGCACAAGCACAGGGCGCAGCGGGAGGGGCAGGGGCGAGUGUGUCCGAUCUGCUGGCAUUAGCAGAGGCAGAUGGCGCGGUGGUUGUGCCUGCAGAAGAGCUGGCAGCAGCCGGUGCCUCAUCGCAGCUCAUCCAGCAGGCAGGGGGGACCAGCGGGAACGACGCACUAUCCUGGCGGGAUCGGGCACUUGCCGCCAAGCGUGCGAAGCAGCAGCAGCAGUAG